AUGGAUACAGAAGACUUUACUCAAGUCGGUAUAGCUGACCUUCCCAACCAACGCCAUCGUAUCGUGUCAAGAAACGGUACUUCCUUCACAAUUUUAUUAUGCGGUGAAUCGGGACUUGGAAAAACAACAUUCUGUAACACGUUAUUCUCAACUACACUUAAAUUGCCUCGCGAUGCUUCUAAACGUUUUGAGAAGCAGCUUCAUAAGAAUGUGGAGAUUGAGGUUUCUAGAGCAGAAUUGGAAGAAAAAAACUUUCAUAUGCGAUUAACUGUUAUUGAUACUCCGGGAUACGGUGACUACAUCAACAACUCAGGAUGCUGGGAAUCUGUUUUAGAGUUUAUUGAGGAUCAGUACGAAUCUUACAUGCGUAGAGAUCAACAACCUGAUCGACGUAACAUUGUCGAUGCGCGUAUUCACGCCUGUCUCUAUUUUCUUCGUCCAUAUUGCAAAGGGAUUAAACCUUUGGAUUUGGAGGCAAUCAAGCAACUAUCUAAACGAGUAAACUUGAUUCCUGUUAUUGCGAAAGCAGAUGUUUACUCACGAAGUGAUCUCGCUCUGUACAAAUCUCGGAUAAAACAAGUCCUCGACGCUAACGACAUUACAAUAUUUAAGCCCAUUCUCGAUGAUGAUGAUCCGGUCAUUUCUCGCCAAGCUCAAGCCAUCAUUAGUGCCAUGCCAUUUGCUGUUGUGGGAAGUCAAGGGAACAUUGAGAUGCCUGAUGGCCGUAUCGUGCGUGGACGAAAGUAUCCCUGGGGAGUUGUAGACCUGGAAAACGAAGACAUUGCGAUUUCAAACCAACUUCGUAAUUAUUACUUCGUAACUGCAUGCUUGACCUUAUUCAAACAACUGAGGAUCACUUUUACGAAGCUUAUCGUCGAGAACAAAUGGAGACUCGUCAAAGAGGAGGAACAACUUCGUCGUAAGUUUACCGAACAAGUUAGAGCAGAAGAGGCUCGUUUCCGUCAAUGGGAACAACGUCUUAUUGCUGAACGAGACCGCUUAAACAAAGAUCUUGAAGCACAGCAUUUCUUCAUAAAACAGCUGGAACAUGAAAUUGAGCGGAUUCAAACCGCAUCUUCUCUUCGCAAGCGUUAG